GCAACACCGAAGCGCGGGUGAAUACGAACCGUGACCUCGUUUCCUACCCCGUCGCCCCAAAGUCAGCAUGAGGGCGCAGCCUUACCGAUACCUUAUCGUAUCGACCCACCAUCCGCCAUUAGCACGCAUGCGCAAAAAUAUGCGGAAUAACUGACGUUUCAGCCAGCCAGUACCACGGCGAAAAUCCACACGACCCUGUAAAUAAAACUGUAAAUAUUCCUAAAUUAAAUAGUGACUGUGAUUCGAAUGUUUUUAAAAAUCAACGCUGUGUUUGGUGAUAUCUGAACGGGGCGGGAGCUAGUUGUAAGCCACAAUGAUCGAUCCCAGCUCUUCGGAAGAGGACAGCGAGGAUGAACACAAGAAGCAUCAGCCCACCAACAAAUUACAACCUGUGGCUCCACCCGGUUCGUUGGCAAGCGGGCGGCCCUCGGUCCGCGGCAAACCGGAGCUGCCCCGCGGCUCUACAGCCGGUCUACAGGGUGCGAGUCCCCUCACGACGGCCCCGCUCGCUGCCCCCCUCCACCCCGCCACCCGGCAGCGGGAGCAAGCCGCGCUAGCACCACCUCCACAUGCAUCGUUCUUGCGCAGGACGUCGACCGGGAGUGCGAGUUCCGGGGAGGCGCCAGCGCCGUCACCUAGUCCUUCAGGGGCCAGCCAUUCUGACAAGGAUCAAGACCCUCAGGAAAAGAUCGAAAAGCUAGAGGAGGACAAGAAGCGGCGACUGCAGCUGUACGUGUUCGUGUCGCGAUGCAUCGCGCACCCCUUCAACGCCAAACAGCCGACGGACAUGACGCGGCGGCACACCAAGCUCACGCCGCACCAGCUGGAGACCAUUCAGGCGCGGUUUCAGGCAUUUCUAAAAGGCGAAACCCAGAUCCUCGCUGACGAGGCCUUCCAGAACGCGGUCCAGUCGUACCACGACGUAUUCCUCAAGUCCGAGAGGGUCGAGCAGAUGGUCAGAUCAGGCGCCUGCAGCCACCACGACUUCCGCGAAGUCUUCCGGAACAAUAUCGAGAAGAGAGUCAGGUCUUUGCCAGAAAUUGAUGGAUUAAGUAAAGAAACAGUCUUAACGUCGUGGCUAGCUAAAUUCGACUGUAUCAUGAAAGGAACGGGUGUGCUGGGUGACGAUGAAUCCAAGCGGCCGUCGCGGGCUCAACAGCAGAGUCUCAACGCGGAGUGCAUCCUGAGCAAAGAGCAGCUGUACGACAUGUUCCAGCAGAUCCUUGGGGUCAAGAAGUUUGAGCACCAGCUUCUGUUCAACGCGCUGCUUCUGGACUCGGCAGAUGAACAAGCGGCCGCUAUCCGGAGAGAGCUGGAUGGAAGAAUGCAGAAAGUCAACGAGAUGGAAAGGAACCGCAAGCUAAUGCCGAAGUUCGUCCUCAAAGAGAUGGAGUCCCUCUACAUCGAAGAGCUCAAGUCCUCGAUCAACCUCCUCAUGGCCAACUUGGAGUCCCUGCCCGUAUCCAAGGGCGGGGCUGACUCCAAAUACGGCCUGCAUAAAAUCAAGCGGUAUAAUCACAGAUCAAACGCCGGGCCUGACCCGAGUCCAAGGUUGAGUAAGCAGCUGUGUUUCAGAUCGCAAGGGUCUCUGGCCAACAAGUUGACAGGCGAGGGCGACGGCGGAGAUGUUGACACUCAGCUGACCAAAAUGGAUGUCGUUCUGACUUUCCAAAUAGAGGUAGUAGUGAUGGAGGUAAAGGGUCUAAAGUCAUUAGCGCCGAACCGGAUAGUGUAUUGUACUAUGGAAGUGGAAGGGGGCGACAAGCUGCAGACCGACCAGGCUGAGGCGUCUAAACCGAUGUGGGACACUCAAGGUGACUUUAGUACCACACAGCCCCUACCAGCUGUAAAAGUUAAGUUGUAUACGGAGAACCCCGGAGUACUAGCCCUGGAAGAUAAGGAACUGGGGAAAGUGGUUCUCAGACCUACGCCACUUUCUAGCAAGGCCCCAGAAUGGCAUCGCAUGACGGUACCAAAGAACCUUCCAGAUCAAGAUCUGAGAAUCAAAAUAGCUUGUCGGAUGGACAAGCCACUGAACAUGAAACACUGCGGGUACCUCCACGUGAUCGGCAAGAAUGUCUGGAGAAAAUGGAAGCGGCGCUACAUGGUGCUGGUGCAAGUGAGCCAAUACACGUUCGCGCUGUGCUCCUACAAGGACAAGAAGUCAGAACCGGCGGAGAUGAUGCAACUGGACGGCUUCACAGUGGACUAUAUAGAGCUGGCUAGCGCACAACUAAUGGUUGGGCAAGAACUGGAAGGCGCCAAGAACUUCAUGAACGCCGUCCGCGACGGCGAGUCCGUGCUAAUGGGAGUGGGCGACGAGAACGAGUGCCACUUGUGGGUCAUGGCUUUAUACAGGGCCACAGGCCAGAGUCAUAAGCCCACUCCACCUACUACGUCGGAUACGCAUCAUAAGAUCAUGGGAGAUGCAGACAAGGCGCGUAAGCAUGGAAUGGAGGACUACAUCCAGGCAGACCCGUGUCAGUACGAUCACCACCAGCUGUUCUGUACGCUGCAGUCACUCACGCUGAAAUACCGGCUCCAGGAUCCUUACUGCUCAUUGGGUUGGUUCUCCCCCGGCCAAGUUUUCGUGCUCGACGAAUACUGCGCGCGCUACGGCGUUCGCGGCUGCUUCCGCCACCUCUGCUACCUCUCCGACCUCCUCGACGUCGCCGAGAGCGCCUCCCAGACCGUGGACCCCACGCUCAUGCAUUACUCCUUCGCGUUCUGUGCGAGUCACGUCCAUGGCAACAGUACGGCCACGUUGCCUGGCAGGCCCGAUGGCGUGGGCAGCAUCACCGUCCAGGAGAAGGAGAAGUUUGCGGAGAUCAAGGAGCGGCUGAAGGCACUGUUGCAGCACCAGAUCACCAACUUCCGAUAUGCGUUCCCGUUCGGAAGGCCGGAGGGGGCGCUGAAGGCUACACUAUCUCUGCUAGAAAGGGUUCUGAUGAAAGACGUAGUAACACCCGUUGCACCCGAAGAAGUUCGUGCCAUGAUCCAAACCAGUUUGGAGAACGCAGCGCUACUGAACUAUACACAACUCAGUCAAAAGGCCAACAUUGAAGAGGAUUUAAGAGGAGAAACAAUGGUGACACCAGCGAAGAAAUUGGAGGACCUCAUACAUUUAGCAGAGCUGUGCGUUGAUCUCCUUCAGCAAAACGAAGAACACUACGCGGAGGUGUAUAACACAAAACCGGACUCUAGCGGUCAACCAAAUGCAUUCGCGUGGUUCUCGGAGCUGUUGGUGGAGCAUGCUGAGAUAUUUUGGGCCCUGUUCGGUGUCGACAUGGAUCGGGUUUUAGCGGAACAACCUCCUGAUACGUGGGAUUCCUUCCCGUUGUUCCAGAUUUUGAACGAUUAUUUGAGAACUGACGAAAACUUGAAAGGCGGCCGUUUCCACGAGCACCUACGAGACACGUUCGCUCCACUCGUGGUGCGGUACGUGGACCUCAUGGAGUCCUCCAUCGCGCAGAGUCUUCACAAGGGCUUCGAGAAAGAGCGGUGGGAGAUUAAGGGCAACGGCUGUUCAACAAGCGAAGAAUUGUUCUGGAAGCUGGAUGCGCUGCAGUGCUUCAUCCGGGACCUGCACUGGCCAGAGCCGGAAUUCCGGUCGCACCUGGAGCAGAGACUCAAGCUGAUGGCCAGCGAUAUGAUGGAGACCUGCAUUCAACGUACUGAGUCCUCGUUCCAGUCGUGGCUGAAGAAGAGCAUAACGUUCAUGUCAACGGACUACAUCCUACCGGCGGAGACAUGCGCCAUGGUGAAUGUGGCGCUGGACGCCAAGAACCAGGCGCUCAAGCUGUGUGCUGUGGAGGGUGUGGACAUUUACCAAUACCACGCGAAGAUGGACGCCCAGAUCGACUCCUGCCUCCAAGCGAUGGCGACGGGUAUGACCACGCGACUGUCAGCCGUGCUAGAAGCCACGCUAGCUAAGAUAGCACGGUUCGAUGAGGGGAGUUUAAUUGGCUCUAUCCUGACGAUAGCCAACGUGUCUGGGUCGGGGAAGGACAUCGGGCAAGGCUACGUAAACUUUAUGAGGAAUUCUAUGGACCAAAUCAGAUCGAAGGUGACAGAUGAGUUAUGGAUAUUACAACUGUUCGAGCAGUGGUAUGGUAUCCAAGUUGGAUUAGUCAACACGUGGUUAACUGAGCGGCCCGCGUUACACCCUCAACAGGUCGCGUGCCUUUCUAUCAUUCUGAAGAAAAUGUACAGUGACUUCGAGCUGCAAGGCGUGAUAGAUGACAAGCUGAACUCGAAGAUUUACCAGAACGUGGCGUCUCGUAUGCAUACCGAGGAAGCUACAUGCAGCUUGCUCCUGGCGCAACAGGACGCUGGGGGCGGAGACGAGGGUUCAGAAGAAGGUUCGAGGAGCGGCAAAUCGAAGCUGGAGGCGCUCACCGAGGAGGCCAAGCUUGGCAACGUGACUGCUGUCGUUGGGAAGGUGGGCAACAUCUUCGGGCGAGGCAUCGGCGAGCUGUCAUCGAAGAUAGGCGGCGCUUCGUCCUGGUUCUAGCGCCCCACAUGCGUUUUAUUAUUUGCCUACAUCGGUGUAGAGAGAUGAGAAUCCAUGCCUUGUAGUACUGCGAAGGGCCCUGCCGAGACCCUAUUGCAAAUAUCGAAAUUUCUUUGUCUGCCUCUCUAUCGCUCUUAAAAUAUAGUUAUUCGAACGAUAGAGAAAGUAGGUAAUGAUUUUCAAUUUUCGCGGUAGACCUAGACCACCGACAGAUUGCUGGUUGCGAUCAACCUGGAUAUCUCAGAUUGCGAACCAUUAAGCUAACAGAUUGGAACGACAGAUUUUUGCGUCUGGUGCCUUUACUGCUGAUCAGUUCGAUUUUUCAAUUGGCAACACUAAAGUUAUUGAAUUUUGCGUUCACAUGAGGGUAGUUAAAAGCAAAUCUACCUUAAGUCAACUUAAAUACCAAGAGAUUGAAUGAAUAAUCAUUUGUCUCAACCAUUUAGUGUUGUCAAUUUGAAUCUAUCGAACUUAUCGGAGUAACCUUUUUGAGAAAUGCUUGAUCUGAUUUUGCUAUCUGCGCGUUACCAUCGUUUAUUAAGAAUUAUUUAAAAAUUCUGAAAACAAUUUGCCCAUUCAGAAUUUACUAAAACGCCAAAAGGAAAAAUAUUUCAGAUCAAGCAUUUUCCUCCCGGCAGUAGUAAAAAGCUUAAAACUAUUCUGUGAUGAUGAAAUAAUUUCAUUUUGCUUUCAACUUUUGAAUUAGAGUUUCCGCCAUUUCUAAAAUAAAUAAAUGGCAUCUUACGCGCUAGGUAAUACUUAAGUGGCCAGUCGCAUAGCUUAGUGUGAUUUAGUAGGUAUAGUAAUUAUUUUAUAAAAAAAGCUUUAUUAUGUACAGUUAGGGUCACCAUUUAUUCGAUACCAUUGUACUAGGUGUGUAUAUUAAGAGUAGUAUUUGAUAACACGAAUGAUAACAAUAAUGAAAUACGAAUGCAUAAAUAGAAACACAUGCUACAAUAAGAAAACAUAUCGCUUUGGCAAGAGUAUAUUUUACGUGUUGUAAUUUGUAAAUUACAAUUAUUACGGUGGCGUUAUUUACAAAAAUAUAACGUAAAUUGUAAUGAGUUUGAAAAUGAGGAAUACGAGUGCACGGAGUUACCUAAAUUGAUUUUAUAUCCCUAGCCCUACUAAUUACAGAUAGUAGAUACGCCACUUAAAAAAAGUUUCCAAAUACCUAGUUAUCACCAUAUGGUCGUAUGGCAGAUGGAUUAAUUAAUAAUAACAACCACUUCAACAACUUUUUUUUGGGAAAGUGGCGUAUCUACUUUUGUAUUGUGUUAUCUGUGUCGCUAUGCUCCCAACUCCCAAGUAACAUCCAAAUGCACUAUCUCAGGCAGUGUAGUUUCCAAUGCAACUCUUUCUAUACCUACUUCAAGAAAACAUAUUUUUCUAAUAGACUUCGUAAUUCACUUUUUACAUCAUUUGUUUAAUCUAGUUCUAAUCUAAUGUUUACCUCAAAACUUUUGGAAUGCAUUCUUAUAAAAAUAUAAAGGCGCGAGAAUCGUAUUUUUGCUAAACCUACAUAAUGUUGCCAGUUAUUCAAAUUUUACCCCAUUUCGGGGUAAAAGAUGUUUUUAUAAAAAUGCAUGAUUAAAUUGAAAGUUAGUCACUGUUUGCUAUAGUACUAUUUCUCUAUAGUUUAAUGCUCUAAUGUAUUAAAAUAUCUAGUGACUACACUUUACCUUGACUUAGUCAUCGAUAUAACUAUUUAUAAAUGAAUAUGUAUAACAUUAUAGUUAUUUGUUGACAAAUAAUAUUCUUCUACGCUAAACACCUUACAAAUUUUUAAACUAGGUGAAAAAUUUAAAUUUCUUAGAUAAACUUAACGUAAAUGACAGCGAGUAGUCGCUAUGCUGAGCCUUAUUACUAAAGGGCGACUGACGGAUGUUAUUUUCAUGUUAAUAACAUCAGUUGGCAUUAAAACAUGCUUGAAGUAGAAAUUGACACUUUUAUUGCAUAUACGUAGUAAGGUACAAGGUUGUACGUAAUGCUACACAGAGUGAAUAAAUUCGAGUAAAACAUAUAAUACGGUGGCAAUAUAGUUAUUACACUGUACUCACCGCUAAAUGAUAUUGCGAACACUAGAGGUUGUAGGUAAUAAAGUACCAGUGUACUGCAUUUCAGCAUGUCAAGCUUCUUUGUAAAAAAAAACGAAUUACUAUCCAUCAUAUAGUCACCAAUAGAUAGCAUCUGGCAGCCGCCCAUUGCUCAUUACUCGUAACGUUGAGGACCGCUUGAGAAAGGCUUUUGAAGGAAAAUUAUUUUCAUUAUAUCACUUUUCAGCGUUCAUGACUAAAUCAUUACAUUUAUAUCUUGGCAUCUUAACACGCAAUAGCCUAAGACGAGCGAUCACAAACUUAUACUUGCCGCUAAAAAUGUCCGUACGGUCUAAGAAAUGAUUGAAAUCAGUACGCGAUGACAGAAAUUCUAAAUUUACGCAAUAUGCCUGUAAAUUUGUACGGUAACGAUAGCAUCAAGGUCAUGGUUUUCGCGCUUCUUGGAUUACUCUACAGCAGGGCUCUCCAAACCCCGGCCCGCGGGCCAAAUCCGGCCGGCGACGCAUUCCUAUCCGGCCCGCCAACACCCAAAGCGUCCGGCCCGCGGGAGUCAGGCCACAGGGGUUGAGCCGAACGCGAAAGUUUCUGAGGCACAAUAUGGCCCUCAGGUAAAAAAGUUUGUAUACCCCUGCUCUAUAGUUACAGUUUAGUAGAGUACCUAUUGGUAUUUAUUUAUCUAUCAAAUAAAAUUUCACUAAAAUUAUAACACGCGUAGACAUCGAAAGAUAUGCUUAAUAAUUGUAUGAAAACAUUUUUUACUAUCUCUUUUUCAUUUUUACUAGAUGCCAAGAUCACAGUAAAAUUAAAACGAAAUUCAAUAUGAACGGAUUAGACCAAAGCAUUAGUUUAACCUCGAAAUCAUAGUCAUUAUAAUGACCAUUUAGGUACACUAGAAAUGAAAAAUGCAGAGUCCGGAAAAUAUAUUUAGCACUCUGUCGCAAUAAUACCUUUAUUUUAACGCCUGUGGGUUUUUACAAAAAUGUAUCGAUCAGGCUAAAGCGACAAAGUGCUAAAUCAUUUGGAGUUUGCGACACUAUGUAGUACUGUAAUAGCACAGUAAAUAAUCGACAUUAGGUAAUGUAGUGCUCAUUAAUCAAAAAUAUGAAAUAAGAGGAACAUGUAAAGUAUCUAUUCACGUUUAUAUUUUAUUUUGCCUUCGUUUUUCACUACGAAUGAUGACUAUAUUUCUCAUGUGCAGAACGCAUGACAUGGUUUUGGGAAUAUUUAUUCAAAAUAAAAAUUGUAAAUCGUUUUAAUACACGAAGAUCCAGAGAAAAUCAUAACAUAAAAAUAUAUAAUUGUAAUAUAAUUAAGUAACAAUUAAUAGUCAGUUCCUUAAAUAAAAGACAAAAAAAAACAGUUAAAAAUGUGGUAAAAUAUAAAUUGUCGGUUUCCCAAUGCCCGAAUUUCAUUUAUGCGUUCUCACAUUAAAUUUGCUUCACUAUUUUUCCUAUAGAUUGGAAUCGAGCUCAAUCAAAAAGUACAGAUCUGUAGUGUCUAAGUCCAUAUAAAAUUAUGAAACGAGCCGACUGACAAUGUUCGUAGACUUGCUUAUAAUGUAUUAUUUCGCCACGAUAUGGUCGAGAUUCUGUAUGGCUUAUAAUCUAAAACGGUAAACACUUGUGCCUAUAAAUCUUGAAUAAUUAUUAAUAAUACUACUGAAUUUGGUAACAGUAGCUACGUCCAUAGGCUACGGUGACUGCUUACCAUCAGGCGGGCCAUAUGCUUGUUUGCUACCGAUUGUGUGGUAUAAAAAAAGCAUCAUUAGAUGACUUAAAUAUUUUAAAUUAUUGUGUUGUGAUGCUUUUAGUUGACAAUGGUAAUUGCCUACUGAGCAAUCAUACGGUUGAAUACGAACCAUAUUGAACAACAGUUUCAUUGCUCAGGUGUAUAUAAAAAGUAGUUGGUUUUUAAUAACUAAAGCCUAAAAAAUGCAUGAAACAGAAUCGACGCCUUCUAAGAUAAUUUGUGUAAAUUGUAAUAUCUGAUUAUCGCUUGGUCAUUCGUUUUAAUAUAGUAAAAUCGAAAUCAUUCAUUCAUUAUUAUAAGUUCCAAACUAAAACUCGUUAGAAAUAUCUAGAAAUCUACCUAGUAGGAUAGUGGCCUAAAUACUAGGUAUAAAUAUUGCUAAAGCUGUUAAAAUGCUUUAUGCAUUGUAGGUAAAUAAAUACCCAAACCUAACUUAACAUUCGUAUAUAACUUCAUCUUCAAUCUAAUUAAAAAUGUUACCAGAUUGAAGUAGUAUUAAUCACGGAUUAACCAUUCAAAGUGAGUAAUUUUGUCUGCGCCAUACUGAGUCUCUGAAACGCUUCGAAUGCCACCGAGUGUAUUGCGAUUGUAAGAGGAUACAAUAAAAAAUAUUUACAAUAAAAAUGUUUACUGUUUA